AUGGGGCUCGAGCCGCCAGGAAUAGGAGUCACCGCAUUAGAUGGAGAUCCCGGCGCGUCGGGCGCGGGAGUCGCAGCAGGCGCGUCAAGCUACGCGACGGCGAUUGCUUCGACGAGCUCGGCGGGCGACGAGGACCCGGGCGGGUUCGACGACCCGCUCUCCGCGCACGGCCUGGAGCUGCGCGGCCGCGGGCGCGGAUCCGGCGGCGCGCCGAAGUUCCCGGUGAACGCGGAGCUGAACGCGAAGGUGUACGUGUGGCGCGGCGCGCCGUGGGCGCUGGAAGUGGACGCCGUGGUGAACUCGACGAGCGAGAGCCUCGACCCCGCGCUCUCGUCGCCCGGCCUGCACGACGAAGCCGGCCCGGGGCUCGCCGAGGAGUGCGCCACGCUGGUCCGGAUGCGUGGGAGGGGGGCGGGGAUGUGGUUAGUUGCAGUUCACGGGAACGGGCGAGGCGAAGAUGACGGGCGCGUACGAGCUCCCCGCCAGGUGAGCCCCUCUCUACCACUCCCCGCCGCGCCUUCACCUCUCCUCGCAUUCCCUCACCCGCCUCAUCCCCUUCAUUCCCUCACCCCGCCAUCCCCCUCAGCCCGUGACCCCGCUCUCCCCCUCACCUCACCUCCCCCACGUCCGUUCCCCAUGUCUGUGGACACACGGUGCAUAAUCACAGAAGGAGGUCAGGGAGCAGGGGUGCUGGGAUCUGCUUGGGGCAAAAUAAUGCUUAAGUUAGAGAAUGCUGCAGCUGUUUCUCAUUCUUCUCCCUUCUCCUUCCGUCCUGCCAACUUUCCCACCUACGUCCAUCCCUCCGCUCUUUUUCCCCUGUUCUCCCUUCCUCACGACAACCCCCUCCCCCCUGGCAGCAUAGCGCUGCUGCCCAUCUACUCAGAGGCGAAAGGGUAUCCCAGGGAGCCCGCUGCUCACGUUGCGAUCCGCACGGUGAGGCGGUUCUUGGAGAAGCAUGGGCGGGGCAUGGCAGCGGUGGUGUUCUGCAUCCAGACGGACGACGACCACCUCAUCUACAAACGGCUGUUACCGCUGUACUUCCCGCGGGACAGCAGCGAGGAGGUGGCAGCGCAGUCGCUGCUGCCAGCGGACGUGGGCGAUGAGAAUGGCGAGAUUGUGAUCGCGGAGCGCAUGAUCCGCAUCUCCAAGAUGCCCUGCCUGCCCUCCUCUGCCAACAGCGCGUCAACAUCAAGUGCGCUCAUCCCAGCACAACCUCCCGGGCAGCUGUCCCUCUCCUCCACGUUCGACGACUCGCUUCUAGACCCAGCGUUCAUCAGCAUGGCCAAGGACCCCGACCAGCGCCGCGUGGAGCAGCGCGAGCACGCCUUGGCGUCGGCACAGACGGGGUGGAUCUGGCUGUGGGCGCGCUGCCUGGGGCUCGACCUGGGGGACACUGUGGUGUCGCUGCUCACUGCGGGCGAGCAGCUUGCGCUGCAUGGGCGGUACCUGGCACGCGCUGAGAAGCUGGACCUCACUGAAGUGCAGGACAUGCGCAUCAUGUGA